AUGGUGGCGGCGUCUGGAACUAAUGUCUUUGCCAAAGAGAUAGCCAUUCGCAAACGCAUUGCAAGCAUCUAUAAUAAAAGAGAGGAGGAUUUUGCGUCAUUGAGAGAAUACAAUGAUUACUUGGAAGAAGUAGAGGAUAUGAUUUUUAAUUUAAUUGAAGGAGUAGACGUUCCUGCUAUUGAAGCAAAGAUUGCUGAGUACCAGAGAGAAAAUGCUGAGCAAAUCAUGAAUGCUCAUGCUCGCAAGGCUGAAGAAUAUGCAGCAGCUCUGGCAGCAAGCAAGGGACAACCUGCACAGACGGGUGUUGAUUUGUCCUCAAGCUCUCAAGAAGGGACAGGAACUGGCACUCAGGGACAAUAUGCCCCGGCUAUAGCCGGGGCUAUGCAGCCACGUCCAACAGGCAUGGCCCCUCAACCCAUCCCUGUCGGGUCGGGUCAUGACGUGCUAGGACUUGAAUAUGCUGAUGAAGAAAAGAUGAAACUACGAGCCGAAAAGGCUGCGAAGGCAGGAGGGUGGAGUGCAGAAAUAAGCAAGAAACGGGCACUCGAAGAAGCAUUUGCGAGCAUUUGGAUAUGA